CGUAAUUUGGGAUAACAACAAGUACAGUAGCAGCAUCUGCAGGGAAACGGCUAGCUUCAAAUAGAAGAAUAAUAAUAAAAAAAUAAAAUAAAUUCCUUUAUAAAAAUGAAGUUUACAUUUAGCAUCCUGGCACUAUGUGGAUUAAUUGCCUACGCCUACGCAGCGCCACUUGAUGACUCAGCCAACGCUCAGAUUCUGCGUUACGAUAACGAAAAUCUUGCCGAUGGUUACAAAUUUGGCUAUGAGACCAGUGACGGUGUGGUACGUCAGGAAGAGGCGGAACUGAAGAAUGUCGGCACCGAGCAGGAAGCGAUUUCAGUACGUGGCUCUGUCAGUUGGGUAGCGCCCGAUGGCCAAACAUAUACACUAAAUUAUAUUGCUGAUGAGAAUGGUUUCCAGCCACAGGGUGAUCAUUUGCCACAUGUUUAGUUGCAUAUUAUUAAAUAAUUGAAAUGAUAUUUUUUAUAUGUAUGUAGUUUUAGUGAAAACAAAAACAAAAAAUGAAUUGUUGCACGCAGAGAAACAGUAUUAAAUGGACAACAAUUCGUAAAAAUAUGUGUUUUUGUAUUUAAAUUAUGGAGCUGAUAAAGAAAUAUGUAAUAAUAUAAAAAACCAAACCGCAUAGUUUUUCAAUUUACCACCGGAGAUAACUAAGUAGUACAUUCUGAGUAUAUGCCAACCAAGUUCGUUGCUUAAGUCUUUAGUUUUUGAUUGUAAACAACUUCAUUCAAGUUUAAUUUUCAACCUGAAAAGUUUGUUUUUAAUGGAGCAAGAAUUAUAAAAACAAAUAGUUUAAAUUCGUCUACUCGUGCAAGUAUUUAAAAUCUUAUUUUUAAACCUCAAUAUUUAUGUAUUAAUUAA